AUUAACAUUAUAAAACAUAAUGGCACCAGCCUAUCCAUCGUACGCAUGCUGCCAAAGCACGGAGCUUGCAAAGAGCACGGAUCGCCGGAAACACCUAAACUAUUUAAUACAUGAUUACAGCGAGGAGAACAAACGGGUAUACGGCAGCACAAUGCCACAAGCAGGCAGCCUUAUAAAGCCUGUUCGAGAGGCUGAGGAUUCCAAGCCAAGAUAUCAGCCCUUGGAGGGUGAGGCCGCGGUAUCACGGCAGCUAGCGGCGCAGGUCAACAACAAGCGCACGCCAACAGGCCAGUUCUUCACCACAAUUAACCCCACGCUUUAUGAAAAGCAACCCCCACCCGCCACUUAUGAGGGCGUUAACAUGAUGGACACAGCCAUGUCAACCAUGCGCGGCAGCGGCCGCCUGGGUGCGACGGUGGGCUCCUCAGGUCCCAUGGCUGAUUCGUCGGCGCCACAGGCCGCGAAUGUCACUGGCGGCGGUGGGGGCGGCACGACCUUCCCGCCCAUCCUGAGCAACUGGGAUGGGUCUGCCAGGAAGGCCAGCUGGCUGCUGCCGUGGCAGACGGGCGACAGACAACUAGGGCGAGCCAUGGCGGACUCUAUUCGCCACAAGCGCACCCCAAUCGGCGCCUUUGCUAACCGCGAUCUCGCCAAGCCAAACAAGUAGAGAGCAGGAUGGCCCGUGGGUCGGUGUAUUUAUAUGAUUGUGCAUAGUGCGUCCAAAGCAAUAGAGGUUGAGAUGUAAAUGGCGAUGUUGCAGCAUUGUGGAGAUGCGCGCAAUGAGUAGCUGUGCGGGUCGGGAGGAUCUGGAUGUGGUGGAGAGCCAUGCAUGUAGGUGUAGCACACGGUUGCUUACUAGGUUUGUGUAGGUAGGAUAGCCUUAGGAGCUGUUGUGGGCGAGUGGGUGCAUGCAUCAGUUGCAGGAGUUGGGAAUUUUCUGUUGGCGAGAUUGCGGGGUAGGAAAACGGUUCUGAAAGACGCGUAGAGCACUCUUGGCAGGCGGGUGAACCCGCCAGAUGGACAUCCAUUCAAGGGUGCUGGGUUGAAAUCCUGACAUGGCCAGACUUGCGGGCCUCCUGGAACGGUUGUCUUGCAUGGCCUGUCAUGGCUGGCAUCCUGCAAGGUUGCUUUGCGUAGCUGCUACUGGUUCACCAACUAAUACGGUGAUGAGGGAUUUAGUUGUACAGUGUUUCCCAAUGGUAUCCGUUGCGCUUGCCGUUGUCUGCCGGGUGGACCAUGCGUAGGAGGCUGUGCCGGGAGUGUCCUCCUCGUACCUGGCUGCACAUGGUGGUCUUGGCAACCGAGCCGGUCCGGGUCAAGCGGAAACGGUGGACGUCAAACAAGGCUUGUGCUGUAGAGGUUUACCCAAGU